GCUUUAGUAACCAAAGAUGAGUCGUGGAUUUUCAGAAAACAAUAACUUUCCUUAUGACAACAACCAAAUGGUUUUGGAUAUGAUCCUGUGUUCCCUAAUUGGUGUUCCUCAGCCUAUCAACUGGGACAGUGUGGCAAGGCUAGUUCCAGGAUUUACAUCCAAAGAGUGUGCAAAAAGAUUUGAUGAACUAAAAAACAGAGGAAGUUCACCUGUUGACAACCAGUAUAAUCCCCUAAUGGCCGCUGGUGGGAGUCCUGUGGAAACUUUAGCAACGUACAUCAAAUCUUCCUUGCUUGAUACACAGACAGAGUUUCAGGAGCCUCCCAUCGGGCAGAAUUCCGUUACUAUAACUGGAAGGCCCAGCACAACUUCCACAAGGAAUUGUUCUUCAGAAUCUGAGAAAGGUCCUGUGCAUAAAGGUGGAGAAAGCACGGAUGGAAAUCAGGGGCCAAAUAUGGUGAUCCAUGUGUGUGAUGAAGCAAAAAACCUCAAAGAAGAUUUUAUUUGUCCUCGAGACCUUUUGAUUUCGGAAAUGAAAUACUUUGCGGAAUAUCUGUCAGUGGAUGCCCAGCGCUGGGAAGAGGUGGACAUUUCAGUGCACUGUGACGUUCACAUCUUUGACUGGUUAAUAAGAUACGUUAAAAGGAACGCUAAAGAAUACGAAGGUUAUGAAAUGCCCACUUUAGAACCAGCAAAUGUCAUAUCAAUUCUUAUUUCUUCUGAGUUUUUGAAGAUGGAUUCAUUGGUAGAAAGAUGUAUUAAUUACUGCCAUGAAAAUAUGAAUGCCAUUGUAGCCACGCCAUGUAACAUGAAUUGUAUCAAUGCUAAUCUUGUUACACGAAUUGCUGAUCUCUUCACACACAGUGAAGUGGAAGAGGUGAAGGACAAAAGAGAUAAAUUUAAGAGUAAACUGUUCUGCAAGAAGAUUGAGAGACUGUUUGAUCCAGAGUACCUAAAUCCAGAUUCUCGGGGAAAUGCAGCAACAUUAUACAGAUGUUGUUUAUGUAAAAGGCUGCUAACUAAAGAAACAGAAAGACGAAUUCCUUGUGUACCAGGAAAAAUUAACAUAGAUCAACAUGGGAAUAUUGUCUAUGUUCAUAUAAGAGAUAAAACGUGGGAAGUCCACGAGUAUUUAAUUGGUCUUCAUGAAGAAUUAAAAUCUUGGCGAGAUGUUUAUUGGCGCCUGUGGGGGACUGUCAAUUGGUUGGCCUGCUCAAGGUGUAACCAAUCUUUCCUGUGUACUGAAUUCUCCCAUUGCCAGUACCAUUCGCAGCCAGUUCUUUAUCCAGGUGUAGCAAGUGCUCUGGGUUCCACUGGGACAGGAAUAUAUCCGUGUUGUAACCAAAAAGUACUUCGAUUUGAUCCUACAACCCUCCCAAAGGGCUGUAAAGUGAGGGAUCACGUGGUUGGUCCACCUUCAGGAAAUGAAGAUGGAGAUGUUUUGCCAUCUCAGUCUACUAAAAUACUGAAUGAUCUGCUUCAUCAUAGAGAUGUUAUUGUUGUUCCUUUCACUAAGGAUGAAAAUAGUGAUUCCGGUAUUGGGCUCUGUGAUGACAAAGGUAUUGAAUGUGAUGUGCUGUUAGAACCAAAUACGCCGUGGGGCCCCAAAACAGGAGAAAUCAAUGCUUUUCUUUCUCUGAAGAACUGGACUUUGCAGCUGAAACAGCAGUCAUUGUUAUCUGAAGAAGAGGAGUAUACCACUGGCUCAGAGGUCACUGAAGAUGAAGUGGGGGAUGAAGAAGAAGUAUGCAGAAAACCAGCAGGGAGAAAGGAGAAAGUAAGGAAAUUCUGCAAGCACCCAAAGAAAGUGGUUUCUUCACCUAGUGUUCAGAAAAAGGAGAAGCCAUCUGACAAGUCAAAUUCCCGAGAUGCAUCUCCAUUCAUUGUGAGUAUGCAGCAGAACAAAUGGGAUGCCUCCAGAUCAUUAAGAUUCAACCAAGAUGCUCAAAGAGAAGACGAUCAGAGAAGAAUGUCUGAGAUUACAGGGCACUUAAUAAAAAUGCGACUGGGAGACCUUGAUCGAGUCAAGUCAAAAGACAGUAAAGAAUAUGCAGGAGGCAUUUAUUCUAGGCUCGAAGCUCAGGUAAAGGCCUCAGCACAAGUCAGUGCACGACAAAACAACACUGAGAAGAACGCAAGGUCAAAAUCCCGUUUUGGUCAAGGUCGUCCAACAUAAGGACUCAUGAAGAAAAUAUAGCCAAAAUACAUUACUGCUUCCUGAAACUGUACUGUACUCUGACAUAUGGAGAACGCUUAUCUCUGAAAGCUUUCCUGUGACUUAUUUAUUACUUUAAGCCAUGUAAAUUAUUUUGUGCGAUAAAUGAAUGCAAAUCCAUUAAGGUCUGUACUUAUUUUAGUUGUAAAUACGCUAUUUCUUAAAUUUAAAUUUAAUUUUUUUAGGCUAUUGUGUUAAGUUGCAUAGAAAAUAUUUUAUAAAUUACAGAGUUAAAUUAUUAGACUAUUUAUGGGGGAAGACGUAAAUAUGCCUAUGGUAUGCUAGAAAUACUAAAAAGGAAAAAGCAAGACUACUGAAUUCUGAGUACAGUCAGCAGUGUUAACACAAAUCACCUACAAUAUUUAUUUUAUAUAGUAUUUAAUGGCACAUUUUAGGUCAGUCCUCUGGGGAUUUGCAUUUAGGAUUUGCAUUUAAAGUGAGUGGAAUUCCCUGUUACUUAGACUAGUUAGAGCAAAAUUUAAAUGCAGUUUUGAGGCUUUCUUCCAUAUCGCUACACAACUCUCAUUUGUGUGAAGGUGGGCAACAGGUGGGAUCUAGACCUCCAAAGAUGAUUUAAAUGCAGUGAUGAUGCUGUCUUGCACCUUGAAUAUGAAACACUUACUUUACUUGUAUGGAAAAUUAAUACUGAUUAUUACUUCCUAUCUGACUCCUCUUGCGCAAUACAAUAUCUUGUUCAUUCUAACGUCCAGACCUUAGGAGGCAAAGCACUUCCGUCCCUUAAUGACGCUAUGCCACUAAAUUUUGUAGCAAAUGUGUUAUUAAUUUGGCCUCUCUUAACUGAGAGGAAUCAUUAUGAGGGUUUGUGCAUAUUGAUCUUUGGAUCUAGUUACCUUCUGAAACCUGCCUGAAUAAUGCUGUUCUGAAGUCAGAUGCACUUUCAAGUUUUUUUGUUUGGAGCAAUAGAAUACAAGUUUGUCUACACAUACAAUUCAGGGCUACCAAAAUGAAAUAACUUGCCUAGAAAUUAAAUCAUGUCUAAGCAAAGAAAAUGGCAAUAAUAAUGGCGGAAUUCAAGAAAACACAUUCUGACUUUUUGAGGUAGAAAGAGUGCUCAGGGAAAGCUUAUUCCAGACCUCAGCUGUACAAUAAAUUGCGAGUUUGGAAUUAAGUCAGCAAGAGGCUGAUGUGGGGAGGGGUGGGGGGGAGGGUA